AUGCAAGCCAAACAAAAUGCUGCUAAACUUAGAAUGUUAUACAAUGCUAAAAAACAGCAGUUAGCAGAUAUUAUCGCAAAAGAUCUUCAGGAUGAUCCUGCUUUAGAAAUUAGCCGGAAUUUGUCUGUAGCCCAAGCACAAGCUAAAGACCGAUUUCAUGUAGCUAUGAAUAAGCUACGCGAAGAAAAUCUAAAUAAAGCUCUUAUACAACAUGAAAUUCAGGAACGGAUUAAAGAAGUUAGAAACGCUGAGAAAAAGCGUGCCGCUUUAAUUGCUUCUCUACCACCUCCCAAGGAUAUACUUGAUGAAGAAAGUUUAAAAAAACCUAAACCGGCUGAUGAAGCCUUAGUUCUUGUGUAUGAUCUUGAAGCUAGAAACACAAUACAUACACAGAAUGUACCAUCGAAAAUAGUUGUAAAAAAUGAAAAAGUCGAUGACGAGAAAGAGAUUGAACAUAAUAAACCUCAAAAUGCUAAUAUUUCGGCAUACGAAGAAGAACAACGUACACAAGCAGUUGAGCGUAUAAAUGCUCUUCGUGCUAGUGAAAACCUUAUCAAAGCUGAUGUGCGUGGACGUCAGGCAAUGAAAAAAGAACGAGUCCGUCAAUAUUAUCGAGCUUUACUGGAUCGUUUGGAUGAAAUCAAACGUAAUGAGACUUUACUUCGUAGAAAUCAAUUAUAUUCCGGAAAUGUUGAAAAUUCUCAUGUACCUAUAAGUGGUCAUUUGGAUGAUUCUGCGGUGAAUCGUCGAAUGGAAAAAGUUUUCGAGGAUGAAUUACUUCGUCAAUUGGCAAAUUUAAAUGAUGAAGAAUACAAUGAUACAAUUGAUGAAAGUGUUGUAGAUAACAAUAUCAAUGAAUGUAACCAAGUAUUGAAUGUUGAACGUGAACAAAACAGCCUACCCACAACAGAUAUCACAUUGGAUAAUGAUGAUCAGCCUGUUAAACUGCCAGCGUCACUUUCAGGUGAUCAAAUCGUUGAAUUAGAUCCGAAUGAUAAUAACACUGAUAACGUUUUACAACAUGAUGAACAUCCAAGUAUGGAAGAAGAAGAAGAACAACAACAACAACAACAAAUACCAGCUGACAAAAAAUCUGUAAACUCGAUUAAUUUAGGACCUGGUGAAAGACCAAUUCUACCUGAUAUCCGACGUUGUCGUUUUCUCUCUGGAUCGAUGAGUUUGAAAAAUUCUCUUUCUAAUAUAAAACCUGAUAAUGCAAUUCAGUUGAUACAUGAAAAUUCAAAAAUAUCUACACAAUCUGUUACAUCAAGUAAAUUAUCAUUUGAAGAUAAAUGUACUCGUGAUGUGUGCACAGACAAUGAGAAUAUACAAUUACGUCAAAAAUUAUUAGAUGAAGAAUUAGAAAUGAUCGAUAAACGCAUCAAUCGACUUCGACUCAACUCAGCUUGUGACUUCCAUGAGAAUCAAUCGCAUUCGAUAAAAAAAUCACCAAGAGAAGAUUUAAAAGAAUCUAUUCAAAUAACUGAGAAUUUAACUCCUAGAGAUAAGUAUACAAUUGAAGGCCGGGUUUAUGGAGAUAAUGCGAUUAGUAGUCAUAGAAAAGAUUCUUUAUAUUCACCAGUGGAUAUGCUUAGCACAAAAUAUGAUGCCGGUAAACUAUCACAACCGACUACGAUUGUUCCAUUGAAUGAGUUUUCUUCGGGAUUCAAACCAAUUGACCAAAAAUUCAGCACAACUAUGACAUCAGAUGAACAAAGCAUCAAUAAUAAUACUGAAUCUUCUACUACUAUUGUUAAAUAUUGUAUUUCAAAGCCAAUAACAGGUAGUUUAGCUGAACGUGCUCAUAAUCUUAUAAGAAUUCAAAAAGCUCAAUUAUCAAAUCGUGAAAAAUAUAAAUCUGCCACAGAAUCUUCACAAUCUCUAUCUACAUUAUCUAGUCAACAUUCUAUUGUUGAUAUGGACUGUCAACUGUUUAGACAUUCACCGACUAUAAAUAAAGAAAUUAAUGAAAAUAAAGAUACUAAUUGUUUCGAGUUAAAUGAUCGGAACCAAAUAAUGGAUAAUUGUUUGAUUAUUAAACCUAGUAAAUAUUCUUCCAGUUGGUCCGAAAAUAACGAUGAACAGUUAUUCAAGUUUCCUUUACAAAAGAAUAUCAAUAUGUCUGAAUCAUCAAUAUCAUCUUCGCCAACAUCAUUUAUUGAUAAUAAAUCUGUACAAUCAUUGAAAAGUUCAUACAGUGAAGAUGUUAAUGAUGAUGAUGAUGAUGACGAUAAAUCCCAUUCUAACGAAAUCAUUAGGAUUGAUGAUGUUGUUGAAGUUGAAGAUAUGGACAAAAAUUCAAAUCAUGAUUCAUUCUAUGAAAAUUUAACUUCUAUUACAAAUUUGAAUACAAUGAAUUAUGAAUCUUACAAUGAUUCACCGGUAGAACUAAACACUAAUCAAAUAUCAAAUGAAGAAGAAAAUGAAAAAUUAGACAUUGAAAUUCCUAUUGAAUCAUUUUCAUCAAAUCUAUCCGAUAAUAAUAAAACAACCUCACAGUCGACACAUUUAAUAGAUAUUCCAACAAUGAAUCAUUUAUCAACACAUCAAUCACUGUCCUCUUCAUCAUCACCAUCAAUAGUAUCAUCAAAAUUAUCAAUCAAUUCACCAUCCUCAUUGGAAUCGAAACAAACUCUACCACCAUUGACAACAAGUUUGGAUAAAUUACCAUCAUUCGAAUCAUACACUACAUCGGAUACAUUAAAAGCUGAAUUAAAAACUUUAUUGACAUCUUCAUUAAUUCAGUCGCUUAUUAGUCAAAGUACAAAUGUUACAACUGAUACAAAUGAUUUGAAAAAAUUAUUUAGUUCACAAAGUUUUCUAUUAUCUUCUUUAUCAGGUAUUCAACAAAAUGCAAAAACUCAAACUACUGAAAUUUCCACUGAAACUGACAUACCUUGUCCAAUCACAUCUAGUUCGUCAAUUUCUUCUUUGCAUCCUUCCCAGUUAUCAUUAAAUUCAACUAAUGCUCCGUUAGAUAAACUGACAGAUACUAAAAGUAUUCAUCCACAAUUGAAUACAAAUCCUACCGAACAACGACCUAUUUGUGAUGGUCAUGCAGAUAAUAUAUCAAUUGAAAGUAAUCAUUCUGCUAAAUUGACUGUCAAUAAUGAUUUUAUUAAAACAUUAAAACAACGUAUUCUAAAUCAAUAUCUAAAUGCUAAUAAAGAAUGGCUUAUCACUUUAUCUAAUUUAAAUAAUCAUAAAUUCUUACAAACACAUUCAUCAUCGUCAUCAUCAUCUUCAAAUACCGGUGUAGAAUUUCAUUAUCUCUCUGAAGUAACUGAUAACAAUGAAAUUAAUUGGUCUGAAACAAGAUCCGAUUCAUUGUCCUAUUCCAAAAAAAUUCCCUUAAAUCAAUCAUUUGAAACGCAUGAAAUUAUAUCAUCACCUCAAAUCAUACAUAGUCCAUUAAGUAUAGUUUAUUCAUCAGCUCGAUUUAAACCAUUACCACGAUUAGAAGAAGCAAUAUCUGAAGAGUCCAUACAUACGGUACCAGUUGUUUCUGAUUUCAAUAAUCUAUCAAAUACACCAUCAUCAUGGACAGAUAGUAGAAAAUCAUCAGAAUUUGGUAAUUUAUCAAACUAUUCUGCGCAAAAUUCUCAUACAACUUAUACAACACCAUCUGAUCAUUCAAUAAAACAUAAAGAUACCAAUGUAUUCAUUCAUAACGGUGUAGUAAACAAUGAGGCGGAUUCAAAUCAUUUAUCUGAAGAAAAUGAUACAAUUAAACAAUUACUUGAUAAUAUUCCAAAUACUCCAAUUGAAUCAAAUCACAAUGAGAUUAUUCCUUGUUUAGGCUCUAAAUUAUCAUCAACAUCGUUAUCAGAUAAAUUAGAUCAUUCUGAAGAGUUUGAUCAUAGCAAUGUUGUUCAAUGUACAAUGAUGACUAAUAAUGAUCAAUGUAACAAUGUAAAAAUAAGUGAAGCACCAGUUAUGACGAUCAAAUCAAUUUCAAGUGAUCAGAUACCUGUGGAAGAUUGUUCUGAGAAUUCUCGACCAUCCAGCCCUGCUGAGGGAGCAGCGAGUAAAUUCUCACCUAGCUAUCAUCAAAAUGUAAAGUUUAACGUUUCCGCUUCAUUACCAUCUAUCUUCUUUGAGAGCAAGGGGGAAUCUGAACACUAUCAAUUACAAACAGAAACAGUGCAUUACGCUUCGGAUACUAAUCUCAAACUAUUCAUAAAAACAAAUGAAACUUCAAUUACCGAGUCAUUACUAUCUUUCGAACGACAUGAAGUUCGCUGUGAACUUUCAAGUAAUUCAAAACCAAAGGAAGAUGGUAUGAAGCUGUUUUUCACUGGAUACAAUAUAUCUCCAUCUUGUAUUUUAUUUUAUAUUUGUAAAGUGUUACAUAAUAUUUAA